AUGGCGGAGAAUAGGUAUCGACAAUUCUACCGAUGCGAAAUCGCAAGAGAUAGAAAAACUGAGAAUCAUCUAUUUAAAUGGGUUGAUGAAGCUUUGAUUGAGGAGAUUCGGAUGGUGGAUGCGAAACAUGAGAGGGUUGCUCAAGGGAUUACGAAGUUUGAAGAAAGGGUUAUGGAAAAGGUGAAGUCCGAGAUGGUUAGAGUUGAACAUCAGAUGUCCGAAAAGCUUAAAGAGAAGGUAGACUUGGAGAUUGCUAGAGUUGCACACGAGAUGAAACAUAAGCUAAAGAUAGCAACUGUGGCUAUGGUAGUUGUAGGAGCAAUCGUAGGAAUAUGGACUUCUCUUAGUGUAUGA